UCCACUGAACAACACAGGUUCUGAGGCUCCCCAUGGAGAAGGCUGGUAUGCGAAGUUAGGGGGAGGGGUCGAGCCUCAGAGUUUUGGGGUGUGCGGAUGGGAAGCCCUAGCCUGGAUCCAACUGCUGGACACACUAGAAAUGCAUUUAAGCAACGGUGACUUUUCCUCUGAGGAAGAGGACGCGGACGCUCACGACAGCAAAACCAGAGCCGCCGAUCAACAUCUCUCUCAGAAGAAAACUAUCACUCAGAUCAUGAAGGAUAAAAAGAAGCAGACCCAGCUCACGCUGCAGUGGCUUGAAGAAAAUUACAUUGUAUGUGAAGGAGUUUGCUUACCAAGGUGCAUCCUUUAUGCUCACUACUUAGAUUUUUGCAGGAAAGAAAAAUUGGAGCCAGCUUGUGCAGCUACCUUUGGAAAGACAAUUCGCCAGAAAUUUCCCCUCCUAACGACACGGCGGCUUGGAACAAGAGGCCAUUCAAAGUAUCAUUACUAUGGGAUUGGCAUCAAAGAGAGCAGUGCAUAUUACCACUCCGUUUAUUCUGGAAAGGGCCUGACCAGGUUUUCUGGAAGCAAGCUGAAGAAUGAGGGUGGCUUCACUCGUAAAUAUUCACUUAGCUCAAAAACUGGAACGCUUCUUCCAGAAUUCCCCAGCGCUCAACACCUUGUGUAUCAAGGAUGCAUUUCUAAGGACAAGGUAGAUACCCUCAUAAUGAUGUACAAAACUCAUUGCCAGUGCAUCCUGGACAAUGCAAUUAAUGGCAACUUUGAAGAGAUCCAGCAUUUCUUAUUACACUUUUGGCAAGGCAUGCCUGAUCAUCUUCUUCCUCUACUUGAAAAUCCCGUUAUCAUUGACAUUUUCUGUGUUUGUGACUCAAUUCUUUAUAAGGUUCUUACCGAUGUACUCAUUCCUGCAACAAUGCAAGAAAUGCCUGAAAGUUUAUUAGCAGACAUCAGAAAUUUUGCCAAAAAUUGGGAACAGUGGGUUGUUUCAUCCUUGGAAAACUUGCCAGAAGCGCUGACUGAAAAGAAGAUACCUAUUGUGCGAAGAUUUGUAUCUUCCCUGAAACGACAAACAUCUUUCUUACAUCUUGCUCAGAUUGCCAGACCAGCUCUCUUUGAUCAGCAUGUUGUGAAUUCUAUGGUAUCUGAUAUUGAAAAGGUUGACUUGAAUAGUAUUGGAUCUCAGGCUCUUCUUACCAUCUCAGGCAGCACAGACACUGAAUCUGACAUCUACACUGAACAGGACUCUAUUACUGUGUUUCAAGAACUUAAGGAUCUCCUUAAGAAGAAUGCCACUGUGGAGGCUUUCAUUGAAUGGUUGGAUACUGUGGUAGAACAGAGAGUUAUUAAGACCAGCAAACAAAAUGGAAGAUCAUUAAAGAAGAGGGCUCAAGACUUUCUGCUAAAAUGGAGUUUCUUUGGUGCUCGAGUAAUGCAUAAUCUCACCUUGAACAAUGCAUCCAGUUUUGGUUCUUUCCAUUUAAUCCGAAUGCUUCUUGAUGAAUACAUUCUCCUGGCCAUGGAGACCCAGUUUAAUAAUGAUAAAGAACAGGAAUUACAGAAUUUAUUGGACAAGUAUAUGAAGAAUUCAGAUGCAAGUAAAGCUGCUUUUACUGCCUCUCCAAGUUCAUGCUUUUUGGCCAACCGUAAUAAAGGGACCUCGAUUUCCAGUGACGCUGUCAAGAAUGAAAGUCAUGUGGAAACAGCCUAUCUUCCCCUGACAUCUGGUCAGCCUGGAGCCUUGCCCCCUGCUCUGCAUACGUUCCCUGCUGGGAAUGCAGACAACAUGCCACUUGCAGGUCAAAUGGACCUUUCACAGGGUGCUGGCCAUUUGAUGACACCACCCAUUUCUCCAGCCAUGGCAAGCCGAGGAAGUGUCAUUAACCAAGGGCCAAUGGCAGGGAGACCCCCAAGUGUGGGCCCAGUACUAUCGGCUCCGUCACACUGCUCAACAUAUCCAGAGCCCAUUUAUCCUUCUCUCCCUCAAGCCAACCAUGACUUCUAUGGGACCAACUCGAACUAUCAGACUGUAUUCAGGGCACAGCCCCACCCCCCAUCAGGACUCUAUCCUCAUCGUGCUGAGCACAGUCGAUGCAUGUCCUGGACUGAACAGCAGCUUUCUAGAGACUUCUUCAGUGGCAGCUGUGCUGGGUCUUCGUAUAAUUCCCGGCCACCUUCCAGCUAUGGACCAUCUCCUCAUACUCAAGAUUCACACAGUAUGCAGUUUUUAAAUACAGGAAGCUUCAAUUUCCUCACCGGGACAGGUGCUACCAACUGCCAGGGAGCAACAUUGCCUUCUAAUUCGUCUAACGGAUACUAUGGGAGCAAUAUAAACUACCCAGAGUCUCACAGACUUGGAUCCAUGGUGAAUCAGCAUGUCUCGGUGAUCAGCAGCGUCCGCUCACUGCCUCCCUAUAGUGACAUCCACGACCCACUGAACAUUUUAGAUGACAGCAGUAGAAAGCACACCAGCUCAUUUUAUGCAGACACCUCAUCUUCAGUUGCAUGUCGAACUCCAGCAGUAGCUUCCAACUUGCAAGCUGCAAUUCCUUCUUCCUCAUCCCAGUGUAUGUAUGGAACUUCCCAUCAGUAUCCAGCUCAAGAAACCCUGGACUCCCAUGGAGCAAACGCUAGAGAAAUGGUGUCCUCCUUACCGCCCAUCAACACUGUGUUCAUGGGAACAGCUGCUGGAGGCACUUAAACCAACAAUGUCGGGUGGGGGUUGAAACUAUAAAAUCUCUACUACAUGAAUAUUAAUACUCGCACAGUGAGAGUAAGGAAAAUGGAAUAUGUAGUGGCUGGACAUUAUUUUUCAACUCACUCAGGCUAUGGACAAUCCCAUACUGAAUGGAGAUACUUGCAGAGUUUGUCUUGCACACAAAUAGUUUAAAAUAUUAUCUCAUUUUUAAUUAUAGUUUCAAACAUUAUCUAGUGGAACCAGUGGAGAUUUAAACAUGCAAACAUUUCAACUAAGAAGAUUUAAUAUUUUACUUUCUAAUUUAUUGAAAGUCUGUGUGCUCUUUCAUCCCUGGUUUCUAAAAAAAAAAGAGAGAGAGAGAGAGAGAGAGAGAAAUAUAUUUAAUGCCUUUACAAUACCUUUAAUUUAUUAGGAUUUCAGAAUCAUUGUUUACUGUCCCUUAUUUGACAAAAAGUCAAAUGUGUAUAUUCUACCUCCUAUGGAAAUGUUUACAAGCUCAAGAAUUAAUUCAAUUCAUCCGAGACCAAAGUUGCAGUUUCUGUGCUUUAGAGCUUCAGUGUGAUGAUUUCUGUUACAUAGUAAUAUUCUGAUUCUAUGUAAUUGAACAGAAAUGAUAAAUGUGUUCACCUCUUUAUUUAAAAAAGAUAAGAAAUUAUAGAACUAUCAUUAAAGGCUUGGUUGCUCUGAGGACUGGUACUAUUUCUGAAGAAUGCUGGGGACUAGCAGAAAGAGUUCAUUGGGGUAUGGGGUUAAAGAGUACAGUUGGUUGGUCAUAACACUAAUUCAAGAACAUUUGCAUAUCAGAUCUAUGCAUAAAAUAUAAAGGAAUUAUGGCUUGUUGAUUAUUUGAACUUCUUCAGAUUUGGAAGUAGUCUUUAUUCAAAUAUUUUGCUUAUAAAUCAAGAGUGACUAAGGAUUCAGGGAUCAUCUGGAUGUAAAGGCUAAUUCAGAAAUGAAGUAUUCAUUACACAUAAAUACAAU